GUGGAAAUAGGGGAAGGGGUCAGAUUUAUCCUGAUGGUAGCAAAAGUAACAAUACAGUUUAUAAUGCUACGGCAGGAGGGAUAAUAAGCAAAAUUUUACGAAAAGAAAAAGGGGGAUACGAAAUAACCAUAGUGGAUGCAUCGAGUGAACGCCAAGUAAUUGAUAUUAUCCCUCGAGGCCUAGAACUUCUUGUUUCAGAGGGCGAAUCCAUUAAACUCGAUCAACCAUUAACGAGUAAUCCUAAUGUGGGUGGAUUUGGUCAAGGGGAUGCGGAAAUA